AUGACGAAUAGCUCUGAAAGACAGAAAUCUCAAUUAUACAAGCUGAAGUCUUCAGACGACAAGAUCUUCCCGAUAUCCGCCGAUGCCAUCCGUCAAUCGUGGGUUCUGCAUUCAAGAGCCAGGGAAAGUCCCGAAUUGGUUGGUAUCAUUUGAAUUUUUAUUUAAAAAGAGAUUGUUACAAAACCAACUUUCAGUAAAUUGACAAUGUUUUUUUUCAGAGCACACUCUUUGUGAACCAAGUCGUCGGCGACACUCUUGAAAGACUCAUAAAAUGGUGCGAAGAGCACAAAGACGACCGUCCGUUGACGCGUGACGAGGAGAGAAAUCCGCGAUAA